AUGGUGGGUAUUAUCUUCCACUUUACACUAACCUUAGACAGCAAUGCGAGAGGAAGAAGCAGCCACCUUAGACGAUAUUACACAAAAGAGGAGUCAGGGAAUAGCAAAUUUCGCAAUAGGGACAUUUUCAAGUUCGGCUCAUUUGAGGAUGAUCAGAUAAGCGAUGAAGGCGAUUCGAAUGAGUACGAAGAAUUUGAUGAUCAAGAUUACGACAAUGUGCACGACGAUCGGUUAGGUGACGACCACGUAAUAAAUGAGGAGCCAAAGGACGAUCCAGAACUUGUUCGCUUCGACGUUUUUCGUGAAGAAGAGAAGGAAAGGACGGAGGAGGGGGAGAAACUGAAUGGGGAAGAUAACCCGACUGCAAAUGGACAGAAUGAAGACGAAUUGAAAGACGAGUUGAAAGGCGAAGUGAAAGACGAUGUGAAAGAAGAAGGAGAUAAUAUAGAGGGGGAAGACUCCCUAUGGAUGAAGUCCAGGAGACAAGUUGCUGGAAAACAUAGAUAUAAUGUAUACAACGACGAAGUAACAAAAAAAGAUGACAAUGAAAUAGAUCUACAGAAGGCGGAUAAAAUAGAUAGGGAACAGGCAAAGUUGCCGCCAUACAUAUACCAAGGAGGAAAGGCAUACGAAGGAAAAGCAGAGGAGUAUGAACCAGAAGUAUACGAUUUUCAUACGUAUAAUAAAUAUUUCGAAGAAUUGUGUAAGGAGAAAAAGUCAGCAAUAGAUUCUUAUCAGUUGGACAAAAGUCAGCUGGAUGAAUCCUAUUUUGAUGCCAAGAAAGGGGGACCGAAGACAUUUGGUUUUAAAUUUAAACAAAUUCAGCCUGUAAAAUAUCAUCAAGGAAGAGCAUACACCUAUUUUUUUAUGCAUUCCCAUGAAGUAGAAUUGUCUCCCAUUUUUUUGAAUGCCUUUAGGAGAGUAGCGAUCAAACAUUUAAAAGGAGGCAGAAUUACAGCCUUGAGAAUCCCAAAUAUGAAACACGAAUUUUAUUGUAUAGUUGGAGUAAGAGAAAAUUUUUUUGAUUUAGCUCAGAAUUUAAGACAUAUCACUUUUAAAAAUGUGCCUGAGCAUGCAGAUAUGGAUAAUUACAUGACAGGGAAAUUUCGGAUAAAGGGACCCAUGAUCGUUGUGGCUGGACAUAUGCAAUUACCAAAAGGAAUCGAAAUUGUAAACAGAAAUCAGUAUAUCUGUUCCGUGUCCGCUGGAAGCUAUCUCGAAAUGGAUGUAAAAAUUGAAAGCAUUGAAGAGUAUGUCAUGCCAGAAUAUGGAAGCCAAUCAAGAAAUAGAGACAUUUGUAAAGACAAUUUUAUUCAUUUUAGCAGCAGUUGCACACCUGUGGAAUAUUUUGGAUUUAUGGGACAAAGGAGAGGGAUCAAUUUGGAUACCCUUGGCGAAAUUAACAUUGUCGAAAUGCACACGGAUGGUUCUAUCACCCCGAAAAGUGCCCUAUUGAAAACUAUUGAUUAUAUAUCUGAGAAUUUUCAGUACAUGGAGAAUGCACUAUACAAUAAUUGCCACACAUGUGAUGAUGGAUCUGUUCAGGAAGAAUUUAGGAACCCAGAAUUUUAUAUGGACAAAGAUAGAUAUACUGAUGUGCCAUGGAAUAAGUAUAAAACAACCGCAGAAGAAUUGGAGGAUACCAAAAAAUGGCUUUAUAGGAAGGAUGUUGCUAGGCAAUAUGACAUAGACCCAGAAAGUGCGCAAUCGAAACAGGAAAGAGAGAUAUUAUGGGAGAAAAAGAAAAAAUUUUUGAAGGAACUUGACAAAAGACGAGAACAAAUUAAGAAAGGACCAUCUGUAUCUGAGGGAGAAUAUAUUCCAUCUGAAGAAAGACAUGACUGCUUGCUCGAUUGGCCCGUGGACAAAUCUGAGAGAAAUAUGAAUCCCCCCAGAUGGGUCGUUGAACGGCCUCUCGAUAAAAGUCCGCACAUAGGUCACGAGGAAAUUUACGACGAGGGUAUUUAG